AUGUUGGAAGAACAACCCGGUCUAAGUGUUCAAAAACUAAAACCCUCAGCAAUUUCAAAAUCCAGACAGACCACUCGGUUGGAUCAUAACAUGACAGAUCUCACCGCCAUUGAAGAAUUUUACCAGAUACGCACAGCAUUACGUGUAUCACCUAAGCUUCCAGUCAAAGUGGAGGUUAAUCUACCUAGAAAUCAAAGGAGUGACCUUGUAUUUCCGGCGUGUGUAGUCAAUGGCACAGGAGUAAGCAAGACCUUUCAGAUUCUCUAUCGCAAUGAAGAGGUGUUGUUGGAUGAUGUCAUCAUGUUCCGGGCUCAUAUUCUUGUUGAUAGCCACAAGAUUGAAGAUACACUGGAAAGAGCUGACUUCUCUCUUGCAGUGGAACUAUGGUUCACAGAUCAGAACUUUGGUCCUGAUCAGCAUAGUUCUAUUGCCUGUGUGUCAAGUCGGACUUUGCAGCUCCACUUCUCCCCUACACGGGGGCUGCACUAUCAUCUUCCAGUCUUGUUUGACUAUUUUCAUCUUGCAGCAGUCACCCUCACUAUCCAUGCAUCCCUUGUUGCCCUCCACCAGCCAUAUAUUAACACACCUCGCAGUGCAAAACCAUGGUUGGGAGCUUCACAAAGACUCAACUUCCGACAACCCCAGUCCACUAUGGAAACAGUAUUUUUUGGAAAUUUGCAAAAUAGCACAAAGUGUGUAAGCUCAAGUACCCGACUGGCUCAUGCAAGACAUGUUCAUCAAGAAGUGUGCAGUAUUCUUCUAGCUUCAUACGAAACAUUACAAGCACGUCUCCAAGAAUAUAUGAAAUUGCUUCCUUCAUGGCAGCAAUUGAAGCUUGAAACAGCAGAUUGCUUCCAGCGUUUCAACAACCUCUCGGAUUUAGCUAAGGAAUGCCACAGGAACUUGCUGGCAACUGUGAACCACCGUUCCUCCAACAACCACCACUCCGACGCCCACUGGGACCGACUCAGGCUUGUAGAAGUGGAAGAAGAAUUUGUGGCUCUAGCAAACAGUGAUAUAGCUCAACUUUGUGCUGAAAACAUUCUGCUGUGGCAACAGUUUCUUGAAGCGUUCACAUGCAAAGAUCCUGUACAUCAACAUCUUGCCAAACACCAUCAUCAUUUAAGGGUUAAACGUUUUGCAGAAGCAUUCUUUGUUUUGGAUAACCCUCGACAAUCAGCAGCUGGUUGUUAUGAUGCAAAUUAUCAAAAUUAUUUAGCUGUAUCAGAAAUGGUUCGGCGGUCUCGAUACUUGGCUUCUUUACCUCCACUUCCUGUUCAGUGUAUAGAAUUGGAUGGAGAUCUUACCACAUUACCAAUUAUAUUUGAAGACCAAUAUCAAGAUAUGGCUGAAUUUGCAAGAAGAAGAAGUGUAGCAGGGCGAAAAGCUGGAAGUGAUCCUUUUCUAAGCAGUGCAGCUGAUACAACAAUUGAAGUUAGUCGAGCCCAACUUCCUGCACAGGAAGACUGCAGUUGUGGUAUUGCUGCCAUUCUUGAGUCACGCUCACAUAAGCUCCCAUCGGUCACACGAACCACAGCACCUGCCAAGCCCAUCACUCCACCCAGCUCCAUUCCCAUGUCUCUUGGUUUGCUUGGUGUUAACGAGAAGCAUAUUAUGCAUCCUGGAGAUGUGCUGAAAGCCACUCUAACUCUGGGACCACAUGCCGGCCGACACCAUGCACGGUCUCCAGCAUCAGCCUCUGGCACCAUGACAUUGCACAGGGGUGGAAUUACUGACAGUGAGCUAAGGAAAUCCUCAUUGCCUGCACGCCACAGCAAAUCCCUUGAUCAACUGCGCACAACGGGUAGCACCACUAACACUGGCACCGGUCCUCCUUUUGUCUCCAGUAAACCAACUCUUAUCCCUGAAUCACUGCCACCUCGCAGACCGAAUGAACCACAUUUGGUUCAACAUCCCACCUCUUCAUCUUCAGCCCCUAACCCAUCACUUGACAUUCCACAUAUCCUAAACAUAGCACGGUCAUCCUCAACUCAGAUUCGGCGUGAGAAAAGUGUGGAUUGCCUUAAACAGCCUACUUACACUCCAUUGGUGCCACCUCAGCCUGUCACUGCAACAUUACCUCUUGGACCACCAUUGCUUCCACAUCCCCUUCGGCAUAAUUUGAAGGAGAAAUUAAAAAAUAAUUUGAGACUUGAACUAAAAGUUACCAAUGGUAAUGGUACUGGUACAUCUCCUUCAACAGACUCCGGAGAUUCACUAGCUGUUGGAUAUCGGCGACUGGAGCAGAGCGCUAGUGUUCCUUUCAAUCUCAGUGAGGCAACAAAUGGUGGAGGAACAACACCUACAGCAAUGAAGCACUCGCAGAGUACCAUGUCUAUGCCAAGUGUGGCAGUUCUGCAGCGAGCAUGCCAGAGCGGAGAGAGCGUGGAAGCUCUGUUGGGUGGAGAGCCAUUCCCAACAGCAGCCAACAGCAGUGAGUCCAUGCCCAAUUUAGUAGGUCCUCUUUCACCCCCUGUUUUGGCUGUCUCCCUACCAACCCCGAUUGUUCCUGAAGAUGUGUUGGUGGAUACAACAAAGCAGACCAAAUCCCCAGCAGCUGCCCUUGGACCUACUCAACUUAGCAAACUAGAAGUAGGUCUUUUUAGCUCAGCAGACCCUGCUCUCAUAUCUGUUGAAUCAAGCCUUGUGGAGCCAGUAACUGUGGCCACUACUGUCACAAUAAAGACUAAAUCUCAAUCCCCUGGGAAAUCUCCUGGUACCUUGUCUUCCCCACCUUCAUCAUCCCUCUCUGAUAUUACCUCAGAACAAAGUGGCUGGGUAUCUAAUUCCAGUCGUCGAACUUCAGGUGACAUGUCCAGUGGACAGCUAAGUCCAGAUGGGAGCGACUUUGGAGGUAUGAAACUACGGACUGAUCGCCAUCCCACUUCAUCAGCUGCAGCAAAACAUCAGAGAAUGAUGAAUGGAGAACAGUUACGUGCUAAACUACAGAAAUUAGUUGAACCUCCAGAACCUCCUCCAGUCAUAGAUCACCCCUAUGAAGAACUUCGUUUGCCUCCACCAAAACAAUUCAGAGAUGUUCCACUACCUCCGGAACCAUUCAGGGAUCCUCCUCUACCUCCACCUCGACCUACAUCAAAUAUCAUUAAACCCAAGUCUAAAGUGUCACCUCCUUUGCCAAUUGACAAUCUUUUAUAUCAUGUAUAUGAGACUGUAAAAGAAGUAGAACGUAAACCAAUAGCACAUCGUGAAACACGAGAGAAACCUGAAAGACAUGAAAAAUCCGAAAAACUUGAAAAUAAUGAAAAACAUAUAAAACAUGAAAAGCAUGAAAAGCAUGAAAAACAUGACAAACAUGAAAAACAUGAAAAACAUGAAAAACACGAAAGGCAUGAAAAGCAUGAAAAACAUUUUAAGGAAAAAGACAGAGAUAAAGAUAGGGAGAAAGAAAAUAAACCACCUCAGAUACAAAUACCUCCAAAAUUAGAAUUGGAUUCAGUCAAGAAAACUUCUCCCAAGGUACCAGAAAGACAGUGUGUUUGCCCUAGUACAUCAACUGCAACUACAACAUUGACGACUGCAACAACUACUCCUUCAGCUACAGACCGUGACAUGUCUUGUGAAUGUUACACAAAUAAAGAUACUGAGGAAAGGUUACGACAGAAAUUAGUAUCUUCUGUUGGGGAUGAAACAUUGAAUUUCAUUAAGUCUAAAGAGGACUUCAAGCGCCAGAUGAAUUUCAGUGGAAUGAUUUACAGCGACUUUCCAACUCUUGCUUCAACACUGCCUUACUUCCACAUAAGUGAUGAGUAUCGAAUAUUUUCUCCUGACGGUUUGCAUCUUAUUGUGUGUGUGCAUGGACUGGAUGGCAAUUCAGCUGACCUGCGUCUUAUUAAGACAUAUUUAGAGCUUGGACUUCCAGGAGCAAAUCUUGAAUUUCUUAUGUCUGAGAGAAAUCAGGGUGACACCUUCUCAGAUUUUGACACAAUGACUGAUAAAUUAGUAGCAGAAAUUCUAUAUCACAUGGAAGCAUGUGGAUUGAACCCCACUAAAAUUAGUUUUAUUGGUCAUUCUCUGGGAAAUAUCAUCAUUCGAUCUGCGAUAACUCGGCCCCAGAUGAAACAUUUGCUUCCUCGACUGCACACCUUCCUGUCACUAUCAGGACCGCACUUGGGAACAUUGUACAAUAAUAGUGGGUUAGUGAAUAUGGGAAUGUGGUUUAUGCAGAAGUGGAAAAAAUCUGGUUCUCUUCUUCAAUUAGCUCUUCGUGAUGCUGCAGAUGUACGCCAAACUUUCCUGUAUCGUCUCAGUCAACGAUCCAAUUUGCAUCAUUUCCGAAAUGUACUCCUUUGUGGAUCGUCACAAGAUCGUUAUGUGCCUUUACAUUCAGCUCGAAUUGAGCUAUGUAAGGCAGCUGUGAAAGAUACAUCAGUGACUGGUGCAGCAUAUCGUGAAAUGGUUCACAACAUUCUGUAUCCCAUCAUCAGUAAGCCAGAAAUCACUUUCGUGCGUUAUGAUGUUCAUCAUGCUCUGCCCAACACAGCCAAUUCACUUAUUGGUAGAGCUGCCCACAUUGCUGUUCUUGAUUCUGAAUUAUUCAUUGAGAAGUUCCUGGUGGUCACUGGUCUUAAAUACUUUAGGUGAGCGUAGACAGUUUGUUCACUAAAGCAUCAACAAUUUGUGUCAUUGUGACACUGACAAUUUGUAUGAAAUUUGACAAUGGAUACAAAGUGCACCACUGAAAAAUAUAGUAUGCUCUAUACGUGUUUCCAAUCUUCAUUUUGAACAGGUUGGCAAGCAUAGAAAUAUUUGUUUAUUUUUACAGAAAAUGAAAAAUAUAUCUCAACAUUGAGCAAUUGGAUUAAAAUUGAAAUAGCGUGUUAAGAUGAUGUUUGUUUCUUAUCAGUAGUUCCCAUUUUCUUAUUACAGAAUACACAAUAACUUGUAAAAUGAAUAUAUAUUUUAACAUUUUUAAGUAUUAUAUAUUUAAAGUACAGAAUUUCAAAAUAAAAUUUCCUUUCUUAAUUUAUAUAUCUGAUUUAAGGAUGGUCUUAAGGUCAUGGACAGUUGCCCUGGUUGCCCGAAUGAUGAGAGGAACCAGAUAUAAAAUAUUUGAAAAGGAGAGCAUUAUUGUCCUGCUGUACAUUUCUGGAAUAUAGAACAUUUAAAUAGUUUUAUUUUCAUUAAAAUUGUUCUCUUCAGUUAUGAUGAUGAUGAUGACGAUGAUGAUGAUGAUGAUGAUGAUGAUGAUGAUGAUGAUUAUUAUUAUUAUUAUUAUUAUUAUUAUUAUUAUUAUUAUUAUUAUUAUUAUUAUUAUUAUUAUUAUUAUCAUUAUUAUCAUUUAUUAGUAUUAGUAUUUUACUCCAAGUACAUAACUAGUAUAUAGGUAAACAUGAGACAUCCAGAGUACCAACUGUCCUGAGCAUCAUAAAGAACAAGGCCAACUUUACACUGAUAUUAGUGCUAACAUUAGUUGUCCUUUAAUUCUCCAUUUUCUUCAAACAAAAUGUGUUAGUACUUUUUAAUACAUAUCAUUUUUUUUCUUUUCCUUUAUGUUUUUUAGUAAUGGAAAAAUAAAUUAUUUUGAUGUUAAAUUUAUGUAAAUAUAUUUCCAGAUAUCUAGUCACAAUAAAUAAUUACAUUUUACAUUGUGAAAGAGUUGGAUUUCUUCUUUUUAUCAUUUUCUUAUUAGUUAUAGAAUGUGGAUAUUGUGUGUUCUGUAAGAAAUUAUUGACAUAUUUCUUAAAGGAAAUAUGUUUUAGACUUUAAUAAUUCUUCUAAUUGUAUUAAGUUAUUUAUUUGAUGUUUUUAUAUAAGGAUAUACACAAUAAAUGUUCCAAGUGUCCUCAGAAAUAUUGGUUGAAGUAAAACUGGUUUUUGAUUCAGAGGAACACAGCUGUAUUGUGUGUUGAGUACGUCUGAGCAUGUUGAAUAUAUAAUGUGAGUACAGUGUGAGACUGAUCUUGUAAUGAAGGUGAACAAUAUAUUUCAUUACUCAACCGCCCCAUGAAUAACUAAUGGCUCAAAACUGAAAUUAAACACUACGCUUCAAUCUUCUACAUUGCAUGGUGCACUGUUCUCUAUUAUUCAUUAUGCAUCACCACAUUAUUAUUGAUCAUACUAUUCAUUAGGAAAUAUAGCACAACAAACAUUUUAUUUUAAUCCCUCUUUUCCAUCAAUGGUCUUCAACCAGUGAAGUGCUGUUCUUGUGAGAUUAGAUCGUAUUAUUUAAGGUUACAUUAGUUUGCUUUCUUUUGACGAGUUAUUAAACAGUUGUAUUGAAAAGUCUUCAAACUGAUAUUUUGAAAUUAUGAACAUUAUUUUGAAAUAAAAUUAUUAGUAGUGAAAAUUAUUUUGUUUCGUAUGUAAUUCUUUGAUUAGAAAUAUGCUACCAGUGCAUUUGCUAUUUCUCUUAUUUAGUGAAUGAAUGAUCUUAUCAUUGUUAAUCAAUUUUACUCCUUAAGCUUUGAUAGAUAUUAUGUUGAAAUAUAAUUUGUAAUAUCCAUUUUGUCUGAAAAUGAAUUACGUUAAAAGGGAUAUUGAAGUUGAAGACCAUAGCUUUAACCAUUCCAGACAUAAUCAAAAUUCAUUAUUACUAUUGUGUUAUACAGGCCUGUAGUAGCAUUUGUUGUAAUAUACAAGACAAUAAUUAUUGUCUUUUAUAUUUGUGUUAAUCUUUGAAUUUUUAUGGGGGUAACUUUUCUGAGGAAUAAAGUUUUUUUUUUUGUUUUUUUUUUAUGAUUCUGAAUGUACUGUAAAACGUUAGUUACUCAAAUCAGUGACUAGUGUUUUCUUUGUUGGAGUUUUAAUUCGCAAAGAAAAAGAAUAUCAGUAUAUUUAUUAAUACAGGAGUAGCAUCAUCAAUGUGUAGAUAUAUUCAGGUUGUACAAAAUAUUAGUACAAAUUAAACAAAAAUAAAUAUUGUCUUCUAACCUGCUAGUGCCAAAAAUUAUAUUAGAUAUUCAUGACAUGUGUUCAUGUUUCUCUAUUUGAGUGAAUGAUUUCUUAAGAUGACUGUAUAGAAAUAUGUACGAUUAGUAUUAAUUUUAAGUAAUUACUAUAAGUAACAUCUCUUAUAAUUUUACCUUAUUGUAAAUAAUUUUCUCUUUUACAUCAUGCAAGAUGGCAUGUAUUGGAGAGGUUAAUUCAGAUCAGAUUAAAUGAAUGCCAUCACUCAAGAUAAAAUAUACGUCAAAUAUGCCAAACCUUAACGUUUUAUAUGUUCCUAAAGAAAUUUUAAAACAUUGGAGUCUGAUGUAUACCCUAAUCCUUACUGCCUUUUCUUUCUUCUUCAUCUUUCUUUAUCUUUUCCUUUUUGUAUUUUGAUUUUCUCCAUAGGGAGAACUCUUAUCAUUUAGAAAACACCUUCAGAAUUAAUUUCUUAUAGUACAUUCUUCUGAGAAUUAAAUUUAGUCAUAACUGUUUUAACAUGUGCUGCAGGCCUGUUGUUAGCUCAAAUGAUAUGAAUUAAAAUGCUUCAAUAGAUUUUUUUUCAAUAAUGUUUCUUCUUUAUUGAGGUUUUAAAAAGUGUUAAUUUCCUUGCUUAUGAUUUUCUAUUGUAUAAAUUAUGAACCUAUAGCUUUUGCAGUAGCGUAAACUACGCUAUUUUUUUUAAUCUUAGAUGGUGAUAAUUUUUGUAUUAAUUGUAGGUCAUUAUUCAAAUAACUAAUACACCUUAAAUAAAGGGAAUGAUUUUAAAAAGGAUUGUUGUCUCAAUAAAGAUUAUGCUCUUUUAUUGUGACUUCUAACACUGUUCCAGUGCUGUUGGUUUAUUAGAAGAUGCUAAGUGCUGCAGAAUACAAUAGGGACAAUUCCAAAAAUGAAGUAAAAAUUUUUGUAGACAGGAGUGAAAAGUUUUAGAUAUUUAAAACAUUAAUGAAAAUUGUAAUUUUUUGAUAUAGUUAAUAUUUUUGUGAAAGUAUUUAAGUUACAUGAUUCUUCCAUUGCUGUGUCUAAGAGAAUAUAAGAUUCAUUUAAUCUGUCGUUGUCAUUCAUUUAAUUUGUAUUUGAGGAUCAAAUUUGUUUAUUAAAAAGGGUCUAUCCAUCUGUAAGAGGUAAGAAUUUUCAACUGAAAAUAAAAUGUGUAAAUGCUUUGUUUAUUGGCAAGACUUAAUAUCCUAUACAUUAUUGAAAGGUUGAGUGCUAUAAUGGUCUAACCCCACUUUAAAAAAAAUGAGUUAUUGACACAAUUUAUUAUCUAAGAAGUUGAACUAUCUUUGUUCAUUGUUGGUUCAACCAGUUUUCCUCUAUAAAGAUAAGAAUGAAGUCACUAUUUUCUUCUUCGCAACUCUCUCUAAGCCCAUUUAGUAACUUUAACUUGAUUUUUCUCUGAUUUCGUAAAAUGUGGUUUAGACCAUUAUUGUGCUGACCCCUUCAAUUGAUAAUAGAGCAUAUUCAAGCAGUGAUAACAAUUCUGAAUUUCUUUUUCACUUUCCUUUAAAAGGUUUGGAUUAGUGAGUGGGUACUCAACUAUAUAUUCCUAUUUAUAACAUCUAUAAUGUUUUUUUUGUUUUUGUUUUUUUUAAAUAUUCGUUAAUAAAGAUUGUGUACAAAUACAUAGAAGUCCCUCCAAGUCAACAGGCUCUGUACACAUUUCUUAUUGCUCAGAACAGUUAUGGAGACACUGUGUAGGAAUAACAGUUAUUAUCAGAGUGUUUUAUGCUUCUAUUUAUUAAGAAGUGUACAAUCCAUCCAUACCAAUAGGGCAGUGUAUGUUUGUGAUGACUACUU